AUGUAUAGGACACAAAUUCUUAUAUCUUCAGAUUAUAAAGCAGAUGAUGAUAUCACACAAGAUACAUAUGAAGAACAUUCCAUUAUCCCAGAUACACCCUCAGCCCUUCACAGCCAAGAUCUGUCAUCUCAUCCUUAUAUACAGGUCCUGUCUUCUCAGUCAUCACAGGAGGUUCAGCAAAAUAAAAGUCACAGAAGGGGUGCUGGACAUCAAAGAGAUUGUGCAGGGAAGAAGCAAUAUUCAUGUUCAGUAUGUGGAAAAUGUUUUACUUCUAAAUCAAGUCUUGUUGAACAUCAGAGAACUCACACAAGGGAUAAACCAUUUUUAUGUUCAGAAUGUGGAAAAUGUUUUACUUUUAAAUCACGGCUUGUUAGACAUCAGAGAAUUCACACAGGAGAGAAGCCAUUUGUAUGUCCAGAAUGUGGAAAAUAUUUUACUCAGAGAUCACAUCUGUCUGAACAUCAAAAAAUUCAUAUUGGAGAGAAACCAUUUUCAUGUUCAGAAUGUGGAAAAUGUUUUACUCAGAGAUCACAUCUGUCUGAACAUCAAAAAAUUCAUAUUGGAGAGAAGCCAUUUUCAUGUUCAGAAUGUGGAAAAUGUUUUACUCAGAGAUCACAUCUGUCUGAACAUCAAAAAAUUCAUAUUGGAGAGAAGCCAUUUUUAUGCUCAGAAUGUGGAAAAUGUUUUACUUCCAAAUCAUGGCUUGUUCAACAUCAGAGAACCCACACAGGAGAGAAGCCAUAUUCAUGUGCAGAAUGUGGAAAAUGUUUUACUCGAAAAGCAAGUCUUCUUAUACACCAAAGAACGCACACAAAGUAGCCUUCUAACUUGUCAAAUUGUACAAAAACUACAACAUUGCAGUCACAGGAGAGAUCAAUUUAGAGCAA